CCAGCCGUUCACGAACAUCAUGGCGACGACCGUGAAUAGUGGAAAUGCCCCUGUGUCGGACACACAAUCCUCAACCUCGGCUGAUCCGCGCUACGAAGGCUCAACAUUUCAGUACAGCAUGCUCCUGGAGCACCUCAUCGGGGAGAAGAGGCCGAUUAAAGAUCUGAAUCCGACCGUUAUGGGAGGUCUUCCCAAUCCCAUGAAAACCGACGACCAGAAGAUGAUCGAACGAGGAAUGGAGAGCUGUGCCUUCAAGGCGGUGUUGGCAUGUGUUGGAGGAUUUGUUCUUGGGGGAGCGUUUGGUGUGUUCACGGCUGGCAUAGAUACCAAUGUGGGAUUUGACCCCAAAGACCCCAUGAGAACACCUACUGCCAGAGAAGUCCUUAAAGACAUGGGCCAGAGGGGAAUGUCCUACGCCAAAAACUUUGCAGUCAUUGGAGCAAUGUUCUCCUGCACAGAGUGCAUCAUUGAAUCGGGGGCCACCAUAUUUUCCAAGUUGGAACUUCGAAAUGCCUACCACCUGGUUCGGAUAUGCGAGGGGGAUGAGUUGAAGACAGCCUUCAACACAGCCAGUGGAUAUUAUGAGUACUGUUUUCCAGGCUUUGGUAAAUGA